CCCUCCGCGGCGCAUCUUAACCUUCAUAUAUGAAGCUCACGGGAAGCUAAUGGGAAGCUAGCUUCUUUCACCGGUAGUUUAGCAGCGCAAUUGGCUAAAUUAUCCAGAGAACGAGCCCCGUCCUGCUCAGACAGACUCCAGCCUCCGGGGCCCGAUGAGCACCGGCCCGUUCCAGGGCUUCGUCCAGACCGCCAUGCCUCGCUUCUUCUGCUUUCUGCUCCCCAGGGUGGAUGCAGCUGAUGUGGCUGCUGGGCAGAUGCCCUCCUCUUCCUCCUCCUCUUCCUCCACCUCUUCCUCCUCCUCCUCCACUAGUCCUGCAGUCGGCUCUCUGCCAAAGAACAUCCGCAAGCCAGAAUUUCCAGAUUCGGGAUGGCAGCGCAUCAAGGACCUCUUUGAUCGAGAGGAGAGGCAGAGACCCCCAGAGGAGGUGAUGACCGUGAUGAAGUGCGGCAUUCUGGGAGCAUUCAUCGGCUUCCUGUACGGCGGCCUGCCAGCUGCGCGCCUCGCCAGGCAGAGGUACAUCCAGACCAGCCAGGCGGAGCUGUACACGGGUCGCGUGGAAGCAGUCCGCUCCGCUCACAACGCGGCGAUCCGAGGUUUUGUACGGUACGGCUGGAGAUGGAGCUGGAGAGUUUCUGUCAUAGUCACUUUGUUCAGCUCCGUCAGCACCGGCCUGUCUGUGUACAGAAACAAAGACGCUGUCAGUAAUUAUGUUGCAGCUGGAGCUGUCACGGUCGGCCUGUUCAGGCUCAACCUGGGCCUGAGAGGCCUGCUGGCUGGGAGCGUCAUCGGCGCCGUGCUCGGGAUUCCUGCAGGCGCCAUGAUCAUCGGCUUGCAGCUUCUGACAGGAGAAACCUUCAGAGAGCGGAGACAGCGAGAACGCAGAGAGCUUUACGACCUCAAACUAGCAGAAUGGUCGGCCCGCCUGCAGCUGACCGAUGAGCUGAUCGACACUUUGAACGUCAGCGUUCAGCCAGAAGAAACCAAUAAGGACCUGGAGAAGAUCGAGGAGCUGCUCAGUUUAUCGCACAAUGACAACAAAGACUCAAGCAGCCAAUCACAGUAGCUGAAUCACUUCCUGGUAUUUUCCACUCCAUGUGUCGGACAUGUUGUCAGUGAAAGGGUCAAAGGUUGCCCGGACUCUGGACUUGAAGAAUAAACAUGGAAAACUUGCUGUACAAUAUAAAAAAGAACAUUAUGGUUUAAAAAUCCUUUCCAUCCACUGAUGUAAUUAAUCAUAGGAACGAAGAAACGCCCAACAAAAUACAAAAGUAAAUGAAUAUAUUUACUUUCCCAUCUUAAUAAAUUAUUUCUAAUACUGUCAGAAUCUUAUUUACUUGUAAAACAAAUGACAUUUCUGGUCUCAAAUUUUGCUUGAAACUCUGGUUUUGCUUCAGAAAAUUUUUGUGUUUUCCUUCCACUCAACUUUCCUGGUAUAUUUGUAACCUUUUAGUAAUUUGCUGGCCUUGUGUGAGAUCAGUAAAAGUCAAAACUGAUCCUUCCUACAACUGUUGCAUGAGUUUUAUGAUCAAGAAUCCACUUGGGAAUAUAUUUGGAAUUUUUUGUUUAUUUAAAAUAUUUUCUUCUCUGACUUGUUGUCGUUGGUGAUGAGCUUCAUUCAUAACUGCUUAAAACGAUGCACAGUGAAAACUGUAUAAUAUAUUACUGAUGAAUGUGUUUUAAAACAACAAGUGUUGUUUUCUGAAGCGUUCAUUUGGUCUUUACGUGUUUUAAAUCUUUGUAAACUCAUGUUUUCGCAGUUCGGGUUUCUCUGCCUCCUGGGCUUUUUCAGCAACUAGGUCACACAAAUCUUGGGCCCCUGGUGUAAACAAGACGCAUCAGCAGCUGUGGCCCCGGAUGCUGCGGCUGACGGACCGACGCGCAAAGCUUCAUCUGGACAGAGAUGUCGGCGUAAAUCCUUCACACGGCAGCUGGAGGAGACGAUUCCCCAGAGGAACGCGGCGUCUCGGAGCGUCUCGUAUGUAAUAACUUGUUAGGACAGAAUCUACUCUGCAGGAAUUUCGGUUUGAGCUCAUCAAGACGUCUUAAAGUCACAGAGCUCCAUGUGUCACAACACAUCUGCUGUAAUCACUCCUGGCUUCCUCACGUCAGGCUGCAGGUAUUUGCACAGCUGAAGCAGUCAUGGCGAUCUGUACAUCCUGUAGUGAUGUUACAAUUAGCUCUUGUUUUAUUCUCAGAAGUUGGUUUUGCAGAACAGGGUUUUCCUCUCUCAACCAAAACCAGAACCAAAGUGAUGUGGAUACAUGAGGUGGUGUAAAGUUUAUCAAUGCCUUCAGUCAGGAGCGGCUCUUUUACGAUGGGAUUCUCUGCAGGGCCUCAGAUUUACAAGGUGAGAUCACAGUCCAGAAGUGGAGAGUUGUUGAGCUGAAGCUUUGAUGAUGUGUGAGCCAGAUCUUUACCAUGCGACUGAAUGCAACAAACGUCUCACUGGCGG